GUUUCAUACUUGUAGUAGCGCUCACUAUGGCACCUAUCCGCACCGCCAUCAUCGGCCUCUCAGGGUCCGCAACCACAUCCUGGGCGAGCUCUGCUCACCUGCCCUAUCUUCUCUCUGCCCGCGGCCGGGAAAGGUACCAAAUCGUAGCACUCUGCAACAGCAGCGUCGAAGCAGCAAAGCGCGCCAUUGAAGUAUUCAAGCUGCCUCCAGAGACAAAGGCUUACGGCGACCCUCAGGCUGUCGCUGACGACAAGGACAUUGAUUUGGUCGUUGUAAGCACCCGCGUUGAUGUACACUACUCCACUGCUCUGCCCAGUGUCAAGGCUGGAAAGGAUGUGUAUGUGGAAUGGCCGCUGGCUCACAACGCGCCUCUUGCAAAAGAACUGGCGGAGGCAGCGAAAGCCAGCGGUAGUCGGACUCUGGUUGGCAAUCAGGGGCGAGAAGCGCCUCCUAUUGUCAAGCUCCGUGAGCUGCUUCAACAAGGAAAGAUUGGAAAGGUUCUUAGCAGUGAGAUCAGGGCUAAUGGCGGAUCCGUUGAUCGGGAGGCCUUGAUGCCCGGGCUAAAGUACUUCACUGAUCUAGCUAUUGGUGGCAAUAUCGUGACAAUUGGCGUCGGACAUUUGUUUGACCAAGUUCAACACGUCCUUGGAGACCUCCAAGAUCUCAAGUCACGUCUCCAGCUUCAGCGCCCCAAUGUUCUCCUUCGCAACCCUUCAACCAAGGAAAUUGUCGAGACAGUCAAGUCAAACGUCCCUGACCUCGUCAUCAUCGAUGGCACCCUCCCCGCAUCGCAAAUCGCCGCUGAAAGAGCCAGCGUGCUCUUCCGAUUCCGUCGAGGGCAGCCCUUCCUCGGUGAGCCCCCUCUUUCGUGGACAAUCAACGGCGAGAAGGGUGAAAUUCGACUUCAAGCAUUUGGCGGAUCUUCUCUGCACGCCAAUUCAUACGACGCCCCUGUAACCAUCGAGGUUCAUGACUUUGCCACAGACCAGGUUCAGAAAAUUGAAUGGGGCUGGCAGAGCUGGCAAGAAGAGCUUCCAGUAGUAGGAAGAAGCGUCGGUCUUCUCUAUGAAAGGUUUGCGGACGGUGUGGUGGAAGGACAGCCGACAUUCAAUACGGCUUUGGUUCGCCAUGAGCAGCUAGAAAAAGUUCUCGCUGGCUGGGAGGAAAACUAAAAUAAUGUAUGGUAAUGAAAGCGAUGUAUAGAAACUAGAAAUAUUUAAGUCGACUUGGUGAUGAAGCUCUCCAAGUCUGGACAAGCCUGUAGAACGCUGGCCAGUUCAUCAUCCGUUAAGCCUCUCGUCUGCUGGGUGUUCUUUUGGGCGCUUCUCGACGCCUUCUCCUUUGGCUUUCGCUUUGAAGUUGUCCACUGAACGCUACAUG